UCUUUUACGGCUAAUGGGUCCAAAGUAAAUGAAAACGACGAUGAUGAUGAUCUACCAAAAGAACACAGACCCAAAAGAACACAGACCGUUUCUUGAACUUUGACCAGAAACAGUGAUUUUUAAUCCAGAUCACAUGCACGACAACAAGCAGACGCAAGCUAAGAUUUAGAGACGUGGGAUUGGAUUACCCUUCCAUUAUCAUGCGCUUAAUUACGAAAUUAGCAACAGUGCCGUUAGAUUAAAGGUAAAUUAGCAAAUGAAAAGCAGUGAACAGAACAGCUGCAUGCCUUCUUUUACGGGUCAUGUCCCCUUCCCUUUUGUAAUUAUACUGAAAGACAAGAAUUAUAGUGACCAAAAGAAGCAAAUGACAGAGCCCAUAAGAGAUACAGGCAUGGUACUUCUUUUGCUUUCACACCUUUUCAUUAAGCCAUAAUGAGUUAUAAAUUCAAACCAUUAUGCUAUUAUCAAAUACCCAACAAUGCAGCAAUGGCUAUCAAUAAAGCAGAAAAUCAUCUUUAAUGAGUAAAAAAAACCAGUCAAAAUAGUUUCAAAAGAAGAAGAUUGGGGCCUUUCAUUCAACCAUUUUCUGAACAUUUCAAGCUUGAAAUGAUAUUAUAUAUAGUGAGCAAUACAGAGGGUUUGUGUCCCUACUCACCGAGUUCUGUGAGGAGAAGAGACGUAGGCCACCAUCCCCACCACUCCUAGAGCUGUCUGCUGCAACUCCUGUAUGCCUGAUCCCUCUGUUUGUAUAGAUUAGAUAACAAAAAUCAGUGGCGGCUGUGAUCUGUUUGUGUUAGAUAAUACAUAUUAUGGAUAAAAGCUGUCAAGAAUCUGUAGAAUCGACCAGUACCAGUAGCACUGGCAUAGGAAGAGACCAUGGUAAUCUGAAUCUCAGCAAGCUAUCCCACAAGAUUUCCAAGGCCACUCCCCAGCUGAGAAAGCCUGGCUUUGAUGCUCCCUUGAAUCAAAACAAUCCGAGCUUCAACAAUCUGCAGAAUCGACUUCAAUCGGCACCACCUCCAGUUCAAACUCAGCAACAACAGAAUCUACAGGCGCAGCAGCACCAGCCGCCGGUGUAUAACAUUAACAAGAAUGACUUCCGAGAUGUGGUUCAGAAACUUACAGGCUCACCGGCUCACGAACGAUUCUCAAAUCCUCCGCCUAUUCAACCUCCUAAACCCCAAAGCUCUCGCCUCCAUCGAAUCCGCCCUCCUCCUCUCGCGCAUGUUACCAAUCGUCCUCCUCCUCUAAACACCAAUAUGCCUCCUCCACAGCAGCUACUAAACAAUGCGACCGCCGCGAAUUUCGGCCUUGGCGGACGGCCUAUGACACCAUUGUCGCCGUUGCCUCCACUUCCAACCGUCCACGCAGCAGCGGAAUCCCCUGUCUCCGCUUACAUGCGAUACAUCCAGAAUUCAAUUCCUACCGCGGAUUCAAAUCCACCGCCGCCGCAAGGAUUCUCCCCACUCGGCCCUCUGGUCUCCUCCGGCUGGAACAAUUUCGCCGCACAGCAGCAAGGAACAAUGCCUCUCCCGCCAUCAUCUGCAAUGUUACAGUCCUCACAUCCGCAGUUUCCAGUGCCACCAUCAUCACCACUGCCAUUUGGAUGCUUGAACUCGCCAAUGUCCUCGCAUGGAGUGUUCCCUUCCCCGAAUCUGACGUUUUCGCCAUCAAUAGGUCAAUUAGGGUUUCCGCAGUUGCCGCUCUCGCCUACUGUUCCCGCGUCAAGCCCAAGAUGGAUCGGCGACUAGUCCCCUCCGUGCUCGACAUUCACCAAACGCCGUCGUUUUAAUGGAAGAAAAAGACCAAAAAACCC